AGAAACAUAGAAGGUUCUCUCUCUUUGCAGGUUUGACCCGUUGCUUGAAACCCAAGCAAUUUUGAGAGAGAGAAAGAGAGAUGGGGGAUCAGAAGCAGAGUGUUAGCGCGAAUGGCAACAACAAUAACAACAACAACAAGAGUGAUGGUGGCGGUGAGGGGGAGAGACCGGUUCGAGUCUAUGCCGACGGAAUAUACGAUCUCUUCCACUUCGGCCACGCCCGUGCUCUCGAGCAAGCCAAGAAAUCGUUUCCGAAUGCUUAUCUGCUUGUUGGAUGCUGCAAUGAUGAACUCACCCACAUGUUGAAGGGAAAAACUGUUAUGAAUGAGAAGGAACGAUAUGAGUCUCUCCGCCACUGCAGGUGGGUUGAUGAGGUUAUCCCUGAUGCACCAUGGGUGAUCACACAAGAGUUCCUUGAAAAACAUCAGAUCGACUAUGUUGCACAUGAUUCUCUUCCUUAUGCUGAUGCAAGUGGGGCUGGAAACGAUGUCUAUGAAUAUGUUAAGUCUGUUGGGAAGUUCAAGGAAACUAAACGGACUCAUGGAAUCUCAACAUCUGAUAUUAUAAUGAGGAUUCUCAAAGAUUACAAUCAGUAUGUGAUGCGUAAUUUGGCCCGUGGAUAUACAAGAAAGGACCUAGGUGUUAGCUAUGUCAAGGAAAAGAGGCUUAGAGUGAAUAUGGGUUUGAAAAAAUUGCAUGAAAGAGUGAAGAAAGAACAAGAGAGAGUUGGAGAGAAGAUACAAACUGUAGCAAAAACUGCUAGAAUACAUCGUAAUGAAUGGGUGGAGAAUGCUGAUCGAUUGGUUGCUGGGUUUCUUGAGAUGUUUGAAGAACGUUGCCAUAAAAUGGGAACAGCCAUCAGAGAGCAAAUACAAGAGCGGCUAAGGGGGCAGCAGCAGUUAAGAAGGCUUGUAUAUGAUGAGGAAGUUGAUGAUGAGUUCUAUGACGACUCUGAGGAAGAAGAUGAAGAAGAAGAAUACUAUGUAAAUGUUGACGAAAAAUGAGCCCCGCUCGUUUUUGGUUCUUGAUGGGACACUAAUCUUGUUCAUGGUAUUAAAAUUAUAGAAAUCUCCAAUUAUUAGUAUGUUCAUAAUCUGCUUUGAGCAAAGAAAAGCAGUUGCCUGCUGGAAGUAACUCGUUAGAACAGAUGUAUAGGAAAAGGUAAAAGCUUAUCCGAAGGGAUUCUGCUGUAAGAAUUUGGACGUGGUAUUGAUGUGUGAGGUUGAAAAUAUUUA